GGUAGCAGAAAAAACGUGUCGUACUGAACAUGACAUUUUUAUCAAUAUCGAGAAAUUGUCUGAUAUCAUUUCGAAAAUAUGCAAGUGUAUAGAACGGUUUAAUUGUAUUUUAACAGGUGUUUCUAUUAGCUCAAUACAUUUGUAAUUUAGCUGUGUCACACCUGAGAAAUAAUUUCUGGAAUUAUUGGAAAGCGUACUAAGACGACAAUCCACUGUGAAAACGACAUCGAAUUACGAAAAGUAACAUAAGACGUCUUGAGAUUAAUGACAACGUGUAAUUUCCACUAUCGCUUUUCAUCGACCCACAAUAUCAUUGUUAGUUGACAAUAAAAAUAUUGGGAAAAGUUUGUGGUGUUGCCGCGCCGGAAGUUACUUAUGUUGCAAUUUUUAAUGACACCUGUUACUCAAAUAGCAAUCUUCAAACGCAUGCGUCAAAUAUUCUGAGGAAUCAACCAGUGACUUUUACAAAAGUGUGACAGAACAUCAAAACAUGGCUGAUGCAAACAAAAAGUCAACAAACUUUCUUAGGCAAUUUAGAGAUUUGAAAACUAGGGAAUUUAAUCAAAUUACAGCCGCACAGUUUAUGGAUGUUUGGAACCAUUAUGAUGAUGAUGGAAAUGGUUACAUAGAAGGAAAAGAACUUGAUGGGUUCCUCGUAGAACUUGUUACAAGUAUUAACAAUGAAGAUGUCGGUCCUGAGGUCUUAUCACCCACUGCCUUAGAAGAUGCAAAACAAUUAGUACUCAAUGCCUUUGAUGAAAAUUCGGAUGGAAGAAUAGAUAUUGCUGAGUUGGCUCAGAUUUUACCUACAGAAGAAACUUUUUUGCUGCUAUUUAGAAGAGACAAUCCACUCGACUCAAGUGUUGAGUUUAUGAAGGUAUGGAAAGAGUAUGAUAAAGACAGGAGUGGAUAUAUAGAAGCUGACGAGUUGAAGACAUUUCUGUAUGAUCUUUUGAAAAGAUGUAAACGACAAGCUGACGUCAGCGAAGAACAAAUGAUAACAUAUACAGAUACUGUGCUUCAACUUUUUGACAGAAAUAAAGACGGCAAAUUGCAGCUUAGCGAAAUGGCGAAGUUACUGCCUGUAAAAGAAAAUUUCCUUUGUCGUCCAGUUUUCAAGAAAAUUCUGUGUAAACUUGUGAACAAAAAGCCAUUACGUCCCCAUACACCUAACGCCAAUAGGUUAACGACCGAUGACAUAGAUCGUGUGUUUUCUUUAUAUGAUCGUGAUAAUAAUGGUAACAUUGAAGACGAAGAACUGUGUGGGUUCCUGAAAGAUCUUAUGGAAUUAGUAGAAGAAGAUUAUGACGAAGAGGAUCUACUUGAAUGCAAAGAGAUACUGCUGGAAAAAUGUGAUUUAAAUCACGAUGGUAAGAUCAACAAAAAAGAAUUGGCAAUGGUUUUGAUGUCAUAUAACCGGAACCCAACCUCUGACGAACCGGAUCUCAAUGAAGAGUCAGGAUAAAGAUAUUAUUUUUGUUUAAUAUGUUUGCUUAUUGUUCUUUCUUUUAUGUUUAAAAAUAUUUUUAUUAUUGUCAAAUUGUUCAGGCUGGCAAGAUGAAUGUUACGAUUUGAAACUCAUGUUGAUCAAAAGAAGAAAUGAAAAGAAAUACUAUACUUAAAAUACAAUAUAGUUAUAGAAUGAAGUAUAAUUUUUUUAUGGUUAUAUAUCAAUCUGACCAGAUUAAAAACAAUGCUUUAAUUAAACUUUUAUUAGAUUCUUUAUAUUGAUAAUAUAUUUUUUCAAUAAACAUUGGCGUGUUAAAUCCAACUAAAAAGAAAAAGCCAGGUAUUGAGGCAUGCAUAUCAGAAUUGCUUUAAAGAUUGAUUGGGACGAUAAAUUUUUAAUCAUCUGCAUAAUGCAUACUAUAUUCGUGUAUCUUUUUAUGUUUAUAACAAUAAUCAUAAUGACAUUAAGAGAACAAAGAGGCUGGUCCUUGCUUAUUGAAUCAUUGGAUUCAUUAAAUCAUCACACGUUUUGAAUGAUGGGAACUUGACACUGUGUAUAAGUAAACAACAUUACCUUGAUUUUUUUUUUUUAGAUUUUUUUAUAAUCAAAAUUGGUAUCUGUAGAUUUAUUAGUUUGGUUUUGACAUAUUACUAAUUGGUGUUUUUUAUGGCUACAUAUUUUUCGAGAAAUUUCAAUCAUCCAUCUGAUUUGUAGGACGUACAUUAAUUGAAAAGCUAAUUUUUACUUUUGUUGUUCUUAUAUGUAACUGCAUUUUUUAAUUGAAAAUUUUAUUCUCAUGGUAAAUUGAUAUAUGUUCUAUUCUUAAUUGAUAUUUUUACUUAAAAUGCAAAGAAAGACAAAAUUAUGUUGCUGUUUAUGUAUCAACAGCGACCCAAGAGAGAUAACUCUACAUUUACAAAUUGAUAUUUAAAAGUACAUUUAUUUAUAAUAUCAUUACAGAACGUGUUGUACUAUGUUGUUAGACUUUAAAUUGGAUUUUGAAUUGUGCUUGCUUGUAAUGUAUGUAUACCUUUAAAAAUAAUGCACUUUAAUUCAACGAAUGAAAAACGGUGCAGAUUUGGAAGUUUUUUUUCGAAAUGUGUUGUCAAAUUUUAAAUGAUGCUCAUGAAAAUAAAUCUUUUUGCAAGCUA